AUGCCCACAGUCGGUAGCCGCCUCGAUAAGCGGCUUCUGAUUCGGGAAAUCGAGGGCUCGUACCUCGGACCAUCUUCCCGUCAGGGCAUCUAUGGUAGUAGAAGCUUUGUCAAGAACCUCGAUAUUGUCAAUGAACUAUAUGCACAUUCCGGCUGUGUCAACGCCCUUACUUGGUCACAGUCUGGUAAUCUACUGGCAUCUGGUAGCGAUGACACACAUGUGAAUAUCCACCAGCGAAGUAGCUCCGAGUCAACAUUUAGCCAUACUCACUCGAUAUCUACUGGUCACACACAAAACAUAUUUUCGGUCAAGUUUAUGCCUCAUAGCGAAGACCGAACAUUGAUCUCGUGUGCUGGAGACGGAGAAGUCAGGGUGUUUGACGUCAACUACACUGCAUCCUCGAUAGAUAGUACCAACUCUAGCUUUGCCCAUUCUAUACGUCAAACUUCGCGACUAUCCUACGGGGAGACCCAUACUCGCGUUUACCGUGCCCACCGCGAUAGGGUAAAACGAAUCAUCACCGAAAACUCACCCCACCUAUUCCUUACCUGCUCCGAGGAUGGCGACGUUCGACAAUUCGACAUCCGUGCCCCUUCAGAUCCAAGUCGCACGAGACUCGGACGAUUCUCUCGCGAUGAUGAUGAUUAUAGGGACGGGCCCCGACCCUUGAUUUCAUAUCGCAAAUCCCCACUGGAUCUAAAUACGAUCUCGGUUGCUACCUCACAGCCCCACUAUCUUGCCUUAGGAGGCAGUCAUUUAUAUUGUUUCCUUCACGACAGACGCAUGCUCCGACAAAAAGACAAUGAACCAAUCUGCGUCAAGAGGUUUGCGCCUCGCGAGGAUGAGCCUUGGGCUGAUAGGGGCAGUCGGGGUGGCCAUAUCACAGCAUGCAAAAUAUCAGACUACUGCCCGAAUGAACUUAUUGUUAGCUGGUCUGCGGGAGGCAUUGGAGGCUUUGACAUCCACAGGUCACCUGACGCCCUCGAAGCUGAGCCAAAGAAGGAAUCAUCAAUUAUCGAGGGCGUUGGAUCCAGAGUGAAAAAGGAUUCAUCCGGCAUGGUUAGAAGCUCAGCUUCUGGAUCAGGUCAAAGAAAGCUGAAGCGUAAACGAAAUGCAGCAAGUAGAACAUCUUCUAUGGGCUCAGUGGAAAAGGCCUGGCGAGAAUCGGUGAGCCCAAGAAGAAGCCGGCCUUCAGAUGAGGAUGCUCAAAUUGGAAAUCUAGAGAAAACGGCAUUCAAGAUUGCAUGCUCAUUUGUGGAGGCCCGGAGAAUCCUCUACGGAAUCAAAACCCCAGCUCUUGCCACAGAGGUAGUCAAUUCACACCCUGAAACGGUCCUCGACCCGUUUACUAAAUGCUUAGAUAUGAUGGACGACUAUAUCACUAGCCACGAUACGAAAGAGUUGGUGGUGGCUUCGUCUUCAACUCCCGCUUCGCAGUCCUCCACGGCCGUCCUCGAAACCACUGUGCCCGAUAACGAACAAUCGCUCAGAAGACGUAGGCGGGAAGCCCGACGCUAUGUUCAAGCAAUGGGGACAUUAACUAAGGUACUAGUUGAGCCACCUGAGGAGAGCCUAUCUGGAAGAACUGCCCUUUUGUUUGAUAGUAUUGAUCUUGUCAAUUCCGGGAUGUCCUCUUGGGCUUAUGACUACCUUGCCGUCCUCGUCGAAUAUCUCAAGUAUGGAGUUGCGGGUGUCGAGCGAUACUGGAAUGUCACCACACAUGAUAGUCUUGCUGAAAAACUAAAGACACUGUUGGAACCCGCAUCCGGUGACGAAGAUGAACUUAUCGACAGUAUUGACCCUGACUUCCCCGGGUUUUUGACAGAGAAAGCAGCUACACGAAGCCUCAUGACACAUAUUCUAGCACAGGAACCCGGGUCGACAUCUGUUCCUUGGGAGACAAAACGUCGUUGGGGGUGGGUGCACGCACGUAGCAUUCUAAUGAAAGCCGGCGAAGGUAUUGACUACUCAUACAUGGAGUCUUCGUUCGGUGGGCUUUCAGAUCAGCAACUUGAGGUUGAAGAUAGGAUCGAAAAAGCAUUGUUAAGCCCAAACAACGAAUCCGAACGCUCUGUUCGACAAACCAUAAUGGACGUCGUUAGGGAAGAUGAAGAAUCAGAAUCAUCAGAAUUCAGAUCUGACAGCGACGAAGGCAUGGUUGAUAAUGACCCUCUCAUCGUUAUGGAUGAAGAUGAUAUAGAAGAAGAAAUUGAGGUCGGCGACGAGCCCGCAAUCGAAUUCGAAAGCUCUUCAGAGGAAGCAGGCGGUUUGGACACAGUCGAAGCGGCGAGAACCUCUGCAAUCCUUGACUCGAUCCUUAACAUGUCAAACACUGGUGACGAAGACGAAGAUGAAGACGAAGACGGUUCCGAAGAUGAAGACUACGACGACGAAAUGGAUGAAGACGACGACGAUGAAGAAGAUGAUGAUGACGACGAUGACGACGACGACGACGACGAAAACGACGACGAAACGAACGCUACUCUAGAUGACCCCGAAGAACGACGACGAGAAAGACUACGGAAUACAAUACGCAUCAAGAAGGUUACGAGGUACAAUCGGAAUAAACUACAAUCCCAUGCACCUCUUGAGGAGAAUAUCCGAUUGUACCGAGGCCACUGCAAUGUCCAAACUGUCAAAGAUGUAAAUUUCUAUGGUUUACAGGACGAAUAUGUCGUCAGUGGCAGUGACUGUGGACACGUCUUCAUAUGGGACAAAGAAACAACGGAACCUGUGCAGAUUCUCCAUGGGGAUAGCUCCGUCGUCAACGUGGUGCAGGGCCACCCAACCGAACCUAUGCUAGCAGUGUCAGGUAUCGACGACACUAUCAAAAUAUUUUCUCCCGAUCGUCAGCUCCAAGACUUAGCCCGAAAAGGCAUUGGGAUGUACAACAGUCAACCACUUGCGGGACGUCAGCGAUUUAAGGACAGGGAGACAAUCAUGGGCGACAAUGAAAUCGCUAGACAGAACGGCCUCAGCGAUGCAGUUAUUACGGUAAGCCUUCGGCGAGCCCUCCGAAACCGCAUUGCGUUGAGUUUUGGGGAAUGGGUUCACUUGCUCGGUGCUGGAGAUAGCGAUUCUUCUGAAUAG